GUCUCCACCCCGCCGGCGGGUUCUGAUUAGCCACUUCCGACGCGUCUCGGGAUCCCGAUUGGUCCGUCGGGUCCCUGAGCCCGCUUCCUCCCCCUGGAAGCGACUACGGCGGCUCCGAGGAGGGGGAGGGGCAAGGAGGGACGGCCGGUCCCGUCAGUCAGGCAGCGGGAGCCGCCGGGAGCGGAUGGCGGCGGCGGUAGCGGCCCCUCUCGCCGCCGGGGGUGAGGAGGCGGCGGCCACGAUCUCCGUUCCAGGGUCUCCGGGUCUGCCCGGGAGCCGCAGUGCAGAGCGGGCCCUAGAGGAGGCCGUGGCCACCGGGACCCUGAACCUGUCUAACCGGCGUUUGAAGCACUUCCCCCGGGGCGCGGCCCGCAGCUACGACCUGUCAGACAUCACCCAGGCUGACCUGUCCCGGAACCGGUUCCCCGAGGUGCCAGAGGCAGCGUGCCAGCUGGUGUCCCUGGAGGGUCUGAGCCUCUACCACAAUUGUCUGAGAUGCCUGAACCCAGCCUUGGGGAAUCUCACAGCUCUCACCUACCUCAACCUCAGCCGAAACCAGCUGUCAUCGCUGCCGCCCUACAUCUGCCAGCUGCCCCUGCGCGUGCUCAUCGUCAGCAACAACAAGCUGGGGGCCCUGCCUCCCGACGUCAGCGCCCUGGGCAGCCUGCGACAGCUCGACGUGAGCGGCAAUGAGUUGCCAUCUCUCCCCGCGGAGCUGUGCGGCCUCCCUUCCCUGCGGGAUCUCAAUGUUCGGAGGAACCAGCUCAGCGCCCUGCCUGAUGAGCUGGGAGACCUUCCUCUUGUCCGCCUGGAUUUCUCCUGUAACCGUGUCUCCCGCAUCCCGGUCUCCUUCUGCCGCCUCAGGCACCUGCAGGUCAUUUUGCUGGACAGCAACCCCCUGCAAAGCCCGCCUGCCCAGAUCUGCCUGAAGGGGAAACUUCACAUCUUCAAGUAUUUGUCAACAGAGGCUGGGCGGCGCGGGGGGUCUGCACUGGGGGACCUGGCCCCUUCCCGCCCCCCGAGUUUCAGCCCCUGCCCCGCUGAGGACUUGUUUCCGGGACGUCGGUAUGAUGGAGGGCUGGAUUCGGGCUUCCACAGCGUUGACAGUGGCAGCAAGAGGUGGUCUGGAAAUGAGUCAACGGAUGAAUUUUCCGAGUUGUCGUUCCGGAUCUCAGAGCUGGCCCGGGAGCCUCGGGGACCCAGGGAGCGGAGGGAGGAUGGCUCUGCUGACGGAGACCCUGAGCAGGUUGACUUCAUCGACAGCCACGUCCCUGGGGAGGACGAAGAGCGAGGUGCUGGCGAGGAGCAGCGGCCGCCAGAAUCGAGCCCUGUGGCAGGGGAUGGGGAGAGGGCACCAAGCAGCAGGCGGGAGGAGCCGGCAGGGGAGGAGAGGCGGCGCCCAGACACCCUGCAGCUGUGGCAGGAGCGCGAGCGGCGGCAGCAGCAGGGUGGACUGUGGGGCUCCCCAAGGAAGGACAGUUUUCCGAAGCUGGCGGUCAGGGCUCCUGGUGGGGGUGCUGCCGCCUCGUCCGGUCAGGCCACCUACAAGUAUGUGUCCUCCUGGACCCCGCCUCCCUCGGUCCUUGCCCUACCCGCCCUUCCCCUGAGCAUCCCCUCGAUUCCCCUUCUGUCUCUCCUUAGCAGCACGUCCAAGUCCAAUGCCACCCAGCUGGGAGCUUCGGGGGGGCAGGGUGCUCCCACCCCCGCCUCCACCUCCCAGGAGCCCCUUCCUACGGCGGGACCAGCCACCGCACCUGCUCCCCGGCCGCUCAGCUCCAUUCAGAGGCCAAACAGCUUCCUCUUCCGUUCUUCCUCUCAGAGCAGCUCAGGCCCUUCCUCACCGGACUCUGUCUUGAGACCUCGGCGAUCCCCCCAGCUUUUGGACGAAAAGGAGGUGAUGGCUCAGCUGCGCCAGGUGCUUGAGUCCCAGCUGCAGCGGCCCCUGCCCGAGGACCUGGCAGAGGCUCUAGCCAAUGGGGUCACCCUCUGUCAGCUGGCCAACCAGCUGCGGCCCCGCUCCGUGCCCUUCAUUCACGUGCCCUCACCUGCUGUGCCAAAACUCAGCGCCCUCAAGUCUCGGAAGAAUGUGGAGAGUUUCUUAGAAGCUUGUCGAAAAAUGGGGGUGCCUGAGGCUGACCUGUGCUCGCCCUCGGAUCUCCUCCAGGGCACUGCCCAGGGGCUGUGGACCACCCUGGAGGCUGUGAAGCGGGCGGGGGGCAGGUCCCCCCCGCCCCUCUGGCCCCCCUCUGGUCUGGGAGGCUUCAUCCUCUUCUACGUGGUCCUCAUGCUGCUGCUCUGUGUCGUCUACACUCGGCUCCUGGGUUCCUAGGACCUGAAGUCACCCCUCCCCCCCCCCCUCGCCCUACUUCUAUUUAUGAGACUCCUGUGCAAACCCCCUUCCCCACCGGUGGUGCCUUCAGCCCCUACCAAAGACACUAGUGAACCCCCCUCCCCUCAUAAACACUGACCUCAGAGGCCCCACUCUGGUGCCCCCAGACCCUGGGCCCCCAGCCUCUGGCCACCCUCCUGUAGCCCCUCCCCUCUCAGUGCUGAUGGUGCCUUUUAAGUCCUCUCCCUGCCCCGCCCUCUGCUUCCCUAGAGGGUGGGUCUUAACCUUCCUCCUUGCACCAUCCCCCCCCCCCAGCUGCUAUAGGGGGCUAAAUUAUCUAUAUUUUGUAGAGAGAACUCUAUAUUUGUAGGGGAUGCAGGGGCCCAGGCUGGGUCUCUGUCUCUUGGAUAAAUUGUACAGACCGUGGCUGCCUGUGUGUGCGCGUGCGCGUUUGCGUCUGCUCCUGCUGUGCCGGGGGCCCAUCCCUGGCCGUGUCCCCUGGGCUCUACGUGCCAGCUUGCCUACUCCAGCACUUCCCUCUGGAAAUGGCAGGUCUGUCCUUCCCUCUGAGCCUUGGCCCCCUCUGUCAUCUCCCUUCUGUUAUCCUCUGGCAGCUUCCUUGCAUCUCAUUUGUCCCCAAGCCAUGUCCAGGGUGCCCUUGACCCUUGCCUGCUACAUCCUGUCAGCUCCCUUUGCCCAGGCUCCUUUAGGGUGUCUCCCACCCUACAGCUGAGAGGAGGAGGUGACAAGGGGAACUUAACCUGGGCCCCUCCCCCUAGGAGUCCCUGUGCCAGCCCCACCACAUCCUGGAAGAGGAGGGGGCCCCGGGAAGGGGCCUCCCCUACAUCGCUGCUGUCGUCCAUGCACUGCUGGAACGGCCUUAGGGGUUGAGGUCGGGGUGCAGGGGCCCGACCCGGCGGGAACCCCAGGAACAGAGAAGACAGCCACGCCUGGGCUCUGCUCUCUAGUGAGGACUGGUGAGGGCGGCCUCGGGCCUGGCCCUGUGCCUCGGGCACCUGUCUGCCCGGGAGCUUGGAAGCAGGCUGGCCCAGCAAGGCGCGAGGCCGCCUCUGGGCGUGGUCGAGGGUCUGGGUUGGAAGACUGGGGGCUGGGUGUUGUGUCACGUGCAAUAAACGGAAGCCGGAAGCCCUCUAGGUUGCCCCUCA